UGAUGGAGAAAGGCGGGAACAAGUUGCAAAGACAAAGACAUUGGGUGGCAUAAAAAGGGAAAGGCGAGCGGAGUGACUCCCAAGCCUGAGAUCUUUAAAUAGAGUCUUGAUUCGGUCCACCGCGGCUCUAAGGAGCAGAAGAGAAGGGGACCGGAUCAGAGCCGGAGCGUUCCCCGCCCACCGCGUAGGGGGCGUGGCCCAGGGGCGGGGCUAUGUGGAACUGGAAGGCGGGGUGGGGUAGCUGAGAGUGGCCCCCUGGUGGGGCCAUGGAGAGGCAGGGUUCCCUGGGACCUACUAGAGGCUUCAAUGGAGAAUCACCUGGAGUGGUUACCAGGGGAGUGGCCGGAGGGGUCAGAGGAGUCGAGGCAGACACCAGAUUGCCCUUCAGAGUAGCCUCGCCUAAUGGUUCUGAGCCCCCCUCGCACUCGGGGUGCAAUGUGGUUCGCAGUCCUGGUUCAAGCCAUCCCACCGAGCGGGUAGUGGCCCCCACUUCUGAGCUCAGUCAGCAGCCUGGGGAGGUUGCGGGCCACCCUGAGUUCAGCCCAUCCCCUGAUGCAGUCAACAUUCCCUGCCCUGGAUCCUGCUUACCCAGGACUUCCUGUGCCGGGCCCGGGGGCUCCAGAAUGUACACCUCAGGCUGUGGUCUGCACUCUGGGUCAACUUGUUUGCACUCUGGUCCCUGUGAGGACCGGCCCAGGAGCAUCCUAAAAGAUAGCAGCUCCAUCCUGAUGCAGAGAUCCCCCUGUGUGGAUAAGAAAAAGGCUCAGCGCUGGGAUGAGAUGAAUAUCCUGGCCACUUAUCACCCUUCUGAUAAGGACUAUGGCUUUAUGAAGGUGGAUGAACCCAGCACCCCCUACCGCAGACUGCAGGACAGUGAUGAGGACCUGUUGGCAGGGUCCUCCGUCAAGGUGACUCCUGAAGUGCUAGAAGAGAGGUUUGCAACAAUGGACAAUUUCCUCCCCAAGGUCCUCCAGUAUGGUGACAAUAGAAGCUCAGGAGCUGCAGACAACUUUUCCAAGACACGUGAGAUGCAGGACUCCUGUAAUUUUGACAAGCACCGAAAGACACACUACACUGAAGGGAAGUUCCUCAAGUGUCAGAAAAACCUGCCCUUGGAACAUGAUGAGGACAGCUGUAGUGCCGGCAUCAGCAGUGGUGUUAGAGGUGUGACGAUAGAGCCAAAGCCCAGGCCUGUGGAGAGAUGCUGGGCAGGAGGACUAGCCAAAAGAGUCAAUGAUGAAACUGACAUGCUCGCCUCAAGACCCGUCCUAGAUGUCAAGGAUUCCUCUAGCUGCAGAAAUCAGUUCCCCUCAGCUUCAACUCCCAUUCCAUUGGAGCAAAUCGAUCUGCAACGCAGGGAGUAUUACAGCCAAGGAAGAUACCUGAGGUCUGACUCCCACCCAGAACCUGAAGAGGACAUAGAAGAUGAGCAGCAGCACAGAACUACCAUGUCAUCCAAAGACAAUAGGUCUCCAGUGACAUCCAGCUGGUGUCAGUGGCUAGAGGCCAAGAGGCAGAACUGCCGAAGCCCAGGGAGCUCAGAGAGGGAACAUAGACACAGCCAGAACCCUCCAACCCAGAACGGGCGCAGACGUGAGCCUGGGCAGAGGCAAGGAGGUGGUUGCACUGGCCUGGGAGGCAGAGGGUCUGAGUGGAUGAAACUCUGCGGCUCCAAUGGACUCGGGAAGAAGAAUCCAGACAAUGGAAAAUGUAGCACCUUAGGAUGGGGUGAAGGCAACCUUACCCUGCACUUACCACCUUAGGAAUAGACAAUAAAAGAGAAGAAGAGCAGGA